AUGCGUCAAUCGUUUGAUCGAUUACAAAUCGGAACUUCAUCAAUAACAAUUAAUUCCGUUUCGUCAUCAACAUCAUCAUAUCAAGUAACAUCAAAUAAUACUGUUCGAGAACAAAUAUCUUCAUUAGAUCGAUAUUAUUCUAUCUGCAAAAUGCCUUCAUUAUCUAAUUCAGUAAUAACUUUUAUCAAACAACAACUGUGUUUUAAAGAAGAAUUGCAACAUUACAUAUCUACAGCUCAUACUGGUCGAAGUUUUAGUCACUACUGGUGUCAAAAUAAAGUACUUCUUCCACAACUGUCACAGUUGGUCAAACGGUACAGCUGUAUACCCUGUACCAAUGUACCCAGUGCAUCAGCAUUUAGCGUCGCAGGGUAUUUCGAUCGUAAAAAUCGUGCAUGGCUUUCGUCGACUACGUUACGAUAUUCGAUGGUUGUACGUAAUUAA